UUGUUUAUCUUGCAGCGCUGUUUGUUUGACAUGCUCCCUCCGACCAGUUAACCUGCUGUCUCUCCUCAGCCUCGACUCUCUCCCGGCCGUCCACGCGGAGAGGAGCGUGAAACCUUUUCUUUUUUCUUUUCCUUUUCGCGUUUGUCUCCUCCACUUAGCAUUUCUGCUCUCUUUGUAGUUCAACCUGAGCAUUAUUUGCGUGUGUGUGUGUGUGUUUUCUUCAGCCGCACGAUAAAAACACGAGUGAGGACUCCUGUUGUUUUUUUUGUCCAAAGAUCUCUGAACAUCUCGUUCUGCAGACGUUUGACGACUUGCAGUGUUUUUUUUCUGGGGGGGAUUUGUUGCUGGAAAAGGAGGAGCGCACUGUGAGUUUUUUUUUUAUUCGAGCCGUCGGAGGAGAGAGAGAGAGAAAGGGGGAGCAGAGAGCCAUGGCGACCGAAGUGGAGACGUGGUCCACCGCGCCACAAGCCGACGGGAUGUUCUCUUUCGACGACAAGCUGGCAGACCCUAACCAUGCCUACAGCGGCGACGAAGACGCGCUGAAUGACGCAGAGGUGAACGGCAACUGGACGCCUCAGGAGAAGGCGCUCCACGAGGCGCGGCUCAAAGCCAAAGCCAAGCGCCGCCUGCGCAAGUCCUCGUCCCGCAACUCCACCAGCGAGUCCUUCUCCGAGUCGGGAGACGUGGCAGGGGGUGACCCCAACAGUCCGAAGGGCAAAGUCAACACCAAUGACCGCAAGUCCAGGACGGGCAAAGGCAGAGGCCUUCCCAAAAAAGGUGGGGCAGGUGGUAAAGGAGUUUGGGGGGCUGCUGGGAUGGUAUAUGAAGUCGAGGAGCCUGAUGUACGGGACCCGAACUAUGAUGAAGCUGCUCAGGGAGACACAGUAUAUGCAACAGUUGUGCCAGAAGUAGAUGAGAAGGAACUGGAGAAGAUGGUCAACCCAAUUGUACAGGAGUACUUCGAACACGGAGACACAAAAGAGGUCCAGAUGCUGCUGAAGGAGCUCAACCUGGGCCCACACAAGUACGAGUUCUCCUCUCUGGCUGUGUCCCUGUCCCUGGAAGGCAAGGCCAGCCACAGGGAGCUGACCUCCCGCCUGCUGUCGGACCUGUCGGGCAAGAUGCUGUCACAGAGCGACAUGGCCCGCGCCUUCGACAAGAUGCUCAAAGAGCUGCCAGAACUCAUACUGGACACGCCAGAGGCUCCACAGAUGUUAGGCCAGUUCAUUGCCAGAGCCAUAGCAGACCACAUCCUCCCCAUGUCUUUCCUGGACUGUUACAAGGGCAAAGUGGACUGUGACCAUGCCAGAGUGGCUUUGGAUCGCGCUGCCGUGCUGCUGACCAUGAAGAGGAAGAUGGUUCGUCUAGAUAACGUGUGGGGCGUGGGCGGAGGCCAGAGACCUGUCAAACAUCUCGUCAAAGAGAUGAACCUUCUGCUCAAAGAGUACCUGAUAUCAGGAGACAAGGAGGAGGCAGAGCGCUGUCUGCGAGACCUCGAAGUCCCACACUUCCACCACGAGCUGGUCUAUGAGGCUGUGGUGAUGGUGCUGGAGUCGAAAGGAGACACCGCCAGUCAUAUGAUGAUAAAGCUGCUGCAGUCCUUCUGGAAGACGGGCCUCAUCACUGUGGAUCAGAUGAACAGGGGCUUCCAGCGUGUCUAUACCGAGCUCCCUGAAAUCAACCUUGAUGUGCCACAUGCCCACUCCAUCAUGGAGACCUUUGUGGACCUCUGCUACCAGGAGGCUGUCAUCACCAAACAGCUGAGGGAUGCCUGUCCCUCCAGAGGGCGUAAGCGUUUCGUAAGCGAAGGCGACGGAGGCGUGAUCAAGAACUAGUCGACAAGAGGAAGAGCAAGAACGACAGCGGCAGCAGUGAGAGGAGGAGGAGGGGUGUCUUCAGGUUCUUGCACCCUGUUUCCGCUCCAGCAUGUGUCCUCUGAAACCGGUCAUGCUGGCAGUCUAACGUUUCCUUGUUCCUCUCUUGAUAAUGUUGUCAUUACACAAACCAGCGUUGACGUUCGGUGAAAGUAGGCUGAAGAGUGGCCUGGGCCUUCAGUUCUCUUCAUCUUGUUAAUCACUGUUUUUGACUUUUUUUUUUUUCUUUUUGUAAGAGUAUUCUUUAUUUCUGGGGUUGAUGCGCCCCUCUUGCCUCAGUCUUUGUACCGGUUUCUUAAGAAUAAUUCAAGUCAGAGCGGCAGAAUGACGGGAGGGAUGGGCAGGGGAAUGUGGGAGAUGAUUCAGGGUGUUUUAUCUCUUGCUUUGCUUCACCUGUUGCCAUAUCUGUUUUUUUUUUUUUUUUUUUGUUCAUGCAAAGCAACUACAAAUGGAAAAGGCACUUAAAAGACAGAGCAUAUAUGUACAGCCAAUGAGCACUUAGUAAAUUUAGCUCAACAAAAAGGAUGUAACACUUUUUACUGCCGCAAUUUAUUUGAAAAUAAUUUCAACAUGCUUUGUAGCUUCUGGUUCAACUGGUUCUGUCGAUCCUUUGUGAACAGUUUUAUUUUGUUCUUUUCUUUGGCUCUUGGUCUCUGACGCCAAAUGUUCGCUUUGUGAAGCACAGCACUCAACAAGUGUUUUGGCAAUUAUUUUGGUGUUUAUUUGAAACUUUCAUUUUUGGCAAAUGUACUUUACAAAAAAAAAAAGAAUAAAUUGGAAUGUAUGGGGGAAAAAAAAGCAAUAUUUCUUAUCUUGCUUGCAGUUAAUUCAUCUACAUCCACAUUGUCAGUAAAUGACCCUGAACCAGUAACCUUUACAAUAGAAAGCCAAACCUUCUGUAGAGGGCAGAAUUAUUAUGGAGUUAGCUUGAAAGAAUGAAUCUGGUUAAUGUCUGUUUAAUGGCAACCUUGGUAGACGACUUGUUAAGCAUAUUCAGACUUUUUUUUGCAACUGUCUGUAACCGUUUUACAUGUUGACCAAAGUUUAUGUGGCUAAGAAAUAUAUUGCAUUCAUUAAAAAAGAAAAAAAAAAGAAACAAAA